GGAACCUGUGCAACCGUGAUCCCUGGACCCUUCUUAAGCCAGCAGCUGUCCGCAGCGCUCGCCCAUUGAUCCCUCGGACGAGAUGCAUGAUGACCCAGAGCGCGAAGUCCGUAUCAUUGCCCCGGCAUGCUUGGCUAUGGAUACGACGCAGAGGCCUUUCUACAAUGCUGCGCUACGCGUCGCCCACAUGCAAUCGUCUGCGAUUCUGGAUCAACUGAUUCCGGCCUCAGAAACUCGCACUUGGUACAACGACGUGCCCUCGAAGGCAUACGUCCGUGACCUAGGGCCUCUCGUGCUAGCGUCUGUCAAAACGGCAUCACAGUCCUCAUGGCUCAUGUGGAGGCUCCGGAACCAAUGCCCAAGUCGACCUUUUCGCGGACAUCGUACGCGAGCUAUCGAACGAACACGGGUAUCAUCUGCGCGUCGCAAAGAUCUACUCCGAUUCGACAUGGAAGUAGUUCGAACCAGUUGAAGGAUGCAAGUCUCUCCCUGUGGACCGGUUGCGCAGUUAACAGAUACGACCUCAAAGUCACUACUGUCGUCGUCGGUCAAAUGGGAGCUGAGCCGUACUUUCUGCUUUGUCUCAGACACUCCGGUUCGACAUCAUCUUGGUGGGCGAGCUACGAUCCUGCCCCAUUUGCUGCCGUAUGUCUGAAGCGGGGGAUCAAUGCAGGGCUAGCCUGGCAUGUGGGAAAGAUAGUAAGCUCGCGAAUGAACUGGCCAUUAGCCUGGUAUAAUGGGCUAACAUGUUCUUUAGCUGGAGUGCGGCGGUCUUUGCGCAGAGCCCAAACACCCAUGAUGUUCGCUACUAUUCGGUCCGACAGCUUUGACCUGGAACCUAUCAGCGGCACUCAAGCUGCACUACCAUAUCCGUCGCCGCACAUACUCUCUACGAGAAGACUCGCCCGGAUCUCCUACCCGGACCUGGUGGUGUAUUGGACUUGCAAGAUACAACGUUAAGCUUGAGGGCGCGAAAGUGACCGGCUAUCGCUCCAUCUUUAUGGGCGGGAUCCGCGACGGUUCUCUUAUUCGGCAGAUCGAUGCUAUCCUUCCGCUCGUCGAGACGUAUGCCAAGAAAAUGAACCCAAACUUCGUCGGGGAGGAUUGCAAGAUUGCGUUUCACGUAUACGGCAAGAA